AAAUGCUCAAAUGAAAGAUACAUCAAAUAACGAAUCAUUGACCGAACUCUCUUAUCGACUGAUAACUUCAUAUCACAAUAGUGUUGAUAAAAAUGUCAUCACAAAGCGCUUAUAUUUUAUGUUGGAUUUAUUUGCCGCAUUAGAAAAACCGUGUUAUGUGUAUAAUAUGGGCACAAUGGAAGACGUGAGUUAUUCUAUUGAAGGGAAAGUGGUUCUGGUCGCGGGCGGUGUAAUUGGUAUUGGAGCAGGCUUAAUACGAUAUUUGGUUUCACAUAAUGCUAUGUACGUCGUUUUCUUAGAUGUAUUGGAGCGUGAAGGGGAGGUUCUUGAGAGAGAACUAUUGAACCAAUACGGUGGCCUAAAAGCAAAGUUCAUAAAAUGUGACAUAACUGACGAAGAACAACUUUUAAGUGCAUACAAUCAGGUAUUAGAGAAAUAUAGAAGAAUCGAUGCUGUAAUAAACAACGUGAUGGUAGCUAAUAAUGACAACUUGGAAAAGAUGAUUGAUGCGAGUUAUAAUACGGUGAUUGCAAGUACGUUUAAUGCUUUGGAGGAAAUGCGUGCAGAUAAAUCGGGCAGUGGCGGUGUUAUAUUAAAUCUAUCGUCAUUUUUGGGCUUAACUCAACGCAAUAAUAUCUUAUUAGAACUAAGUAAGGAGGUUGAGAAUCGAGAACCAUUUUCAAAGACAAAAGUCCGUAUAAUCACAGCUUUUUUGGGGCCGACUGAUACAGCACUCUUGCAUAUAUCCAAUUACAUAGAAAAUCAGAAUAACUUAAGCGGAGACAUUUUUGAGACUCAGAGGGUAACAUCAGCUGUAACCGGUGUAAUUGACGUCAUAACUCGGGCCGAGAGCGGCUCCACCUGGAUAAUUGUCAAUGACAAACCACCUUUCGAAGUAACGGACGUAAAGGGAUUCGACGUUCCUGAUAUAAAUACGGUCUAAAAAUAUUUUCGUACGGAAUAUUUUAUAUGCAAUAAAUGGAAAAGUGCUAUUUAUAUAUAAAAUAUCAAGAUUCACUCAAAAUACUUUAAUAAAAAAAAAUAAUUACAUUUGCAUUUUGAUCUCUAAAAAGUGAUACCCUUGAUUGGGAAAUGGUCAUUGUUGUGUAGGUGAUGAAGAAGUCAAAAAAUAUGGAUGUUCAGAACCGAUAUUAUUUAUUAAAGUUGGGGAAGUCUUGUAUAAUAUAAUUUUGGUCUGCGCAACUCUGAACGGACUGAAAGUUUCUGACAGUAAAUGACUUUCACUUUGUAGGAAUUGGGUAUC